AUGCCUACGCUUGAGUCACACAACGGGUACUACCUCUGGCACUACGUGCCCAGCUCGGUGGCAGCCAUCAUCUUUGAAGUCCUCUUCGUCCUCGCCACGCUCUUCCACGCGUACAAGAUUGCCAGGACAAGGACGUGGUUCUGCAUCGUCUUCGUCAUAGGCGGUAUACUCGAAAUCGUCGGAUAUGCAGGCAGAGCCAUCGCGCGCGAUCGCACCGGCGACAUCGGCCCCUACGUGAUGCAGUCCCUCACGAUCCUCAUCGCGCCCGCCCUCUUCGCCGCCUCCGUCUACAUGACCCUCGGCCGCAUCAUCCGCAGCGUCCACGGCGAGCCCCUGUCCGUGAUUCGCAUCAACUGGCUCACGCGCAUCUUUGUCGCGGGCGACUGCUUCUCCUUCCUCGUGCAGGCCUCCGGCGGCGGGCUCAUGGUCAAGGACGGCAGCCAAAAGAUGGGCCAGACCCUCAUCGUCGCCGGUCUCGUCAUCCAGAUCCUCCUCUUUGCCCUCUUUUGGGUCACCGCCGUCGUCUUCCACGCGCGUCUCGCAAAGAACCCCACGCAGGCGUCCCUGGCGGGCGCCUCGCCGUGGAGGUCGGGCCUGUGGAUGCUCUAUUUCGUUAGCGCGUGCAUCAUGGUGCGGUCCGUCUUCCGUCUCAUCGAGUACGUCCUUGGCGGCGACGGGUACCCGCUCCGUCACGAGUGGACGCUCUACGUGUUUGACGCCACGCUCAUGUUCUUCGUCAUGGUGGCCUUUGGCUUCCGGUUCCCGGCUGCGUUCCAGAUUCGCAAGGGCGGCUCGCAGUCGGCUUCGGACGUGGAGAAUUACGACUUGGCGGUGGAGAGCAAGGAGCGGCAGCGCGGCUCGAUGCGCAAGACGAUGCGAUGA